AUGAAGGCACUAGUGUAUGACUCAAGUGGUGUUGACCAAUUUGAGGUUGGUUGGAAUGAAUUCAUCACAAAUAACGGCCUUGUUAACAACGACUGGCUAUGUUCGUUGUACGAGGAGAGACAUCUGUGGGUGCCUUGUUAUUUGAGAAAUAAAUUUUGGGCUGGAAUGUCAACGACACAACGAAGUGAAGGUAUGAAUGCAUUUUUUGAUGGGUUCAUAAAUUCCAGCAUUUCAUUGCAACAGUUCGUCGUCCAGUAUGACAACGCACUUAGGCAAAAAGCAGAGAAGGAAUUUGAGGCUGACUUCGCAUCUGUUAACACCAUAGUUCCAUGUGGGUCACAAUCCCUAAUUGAAAGGCAAUUUCAGUUGCACUAUACCCAUGCUAAAUUUGGUGAGAUCCAUAAUGAAUUUAGAGCGAAGAUAAAUUACUUUGUUAUGAAUGUUGUCAAAGAUGGAAGCAUUUGGAAUUACAACGUUAAAGAAGACUUCUUAUGGAAUGGCAAGAGGGCCAACAAAUUUCAUGACGUGUUGUUUGACUCCAUCACAACAACAAUCAAAUGCAGCUGUCUACUAUUUGAGUUUCGUGGUAUCUUAUGUCGACACUGUUUCUUGGUCCUUGGGCAGGAAGACAUUGAUUGUGUCCCUGAACAGUACGUGCUAAGAAGGUGGUCCAAAAAUGUUAGAAAACGACACACUUUGAUGAAAGCAGCGUACAGCCGAAGUUCGGAUGAUCCACAAAUGCAAAGAUUCUAG